AUGUGGUUUGAGAUUCCACCCUGGAUCAGUGUCAUGGCCAUGUGCUUGCUCAUCCCCGGCAUAGCCACUGCACACAUCCACACGUUCGCUAACAGGGGAAAGGGAAAAAAGGCUUUCCAGAUUUUCAUAUCAGUGAAGUUUGAUGGAAAGAGGCACAUCUCUGGAGUUAAUUGUUACUAUGUGUCAAAGCGUUUGGAGACUAUCAAUCAAGGAAUGGACGAGGUAGCCCAUGAGAAGGAGAACAACUCAGGCAGCUGGGAAUAA